AUGGAACCUAACAUGGGCUUGGAACCAUACUUUGGAGGACGUGCUGGAGAUUACCACCAGGAUGGGAUCCCAUUAGUGACUCCAGUGUAUGACAUAAAUACACCUGAUGAUCCUUCUUGCCCCUCUGAUUUUACUGAAUUGCAACCUGUGCAACAUUACAGCAUGGAAGGGAAUGCAAUGACAACUGUUGAAGUGGAGAGCAGAAUCACAGACCCAGAUGAUAGGUCUUAUGCCACUGUGACAUUGAAUUUUGAGUCUCUUGAUUGUUUGGAUCCUGAUGAGCAGGAGCAGUCUUCUACACUGUCAGAAUUUGAUUUAAAUAUGUUUGGCAGUGAAGGUUAUGGCAGGCCUUGCCCUUCCAGUCCAAGCAUUCUCACCAGGACUGACCUCAGGUUCAUGGAAGCAUACAGAGAAGAAUUUUUAGCGAGCCUGUAUCAGCAUUCAGCUAUUCCUCGACCACCAAAUGCAUUCAUGGUUUUUGCUAAAGAGUGGAGGCCUAAACUAGCUCAACAGUUCAAUCAGGAAUCUAAUAAGGACAUAAGUGUCCGCCUGGGUCAGGUGUGGAAGGCCCUGGAUGCAGAGGAGAAAAGAAAAUACUACGCUCUGUCUCAUGUGGCUGAAGAAGACCACAAGCAAAAAUAUCCAGGAUAUGUUUACAAUCCAAGAGAAGCUCGGCUUAGGAAAGCCCUUCGUGAUCUGGGUUUGGAGCCCCAAGGGAUUAUUAGCCUCCUUGAAGCUAGAGACUCAAUCUGGCACUUGGAUGAGAAUGGUGAAGAAGAGCCAUUGACUCCCAAAGCUCGACAGCGUGAUGUCAUGGAUCGUCUACUGGCUUCUGUUGGAGUCCAAAUGUCCCCAUCCACUGCCAGGCCUAGGAGCCGCAGUCAUCAUUCAUCUGGUCCUCUGCCCAUGCUGAUACCUCCCCAUGAUCCUCAAUAUUCUUCCCAGUCCUUCAUACUUCCACCUCCAACAUCCCCUCUGUCAUGUAUAUCCUCAGUUAUGCUGACUGCUGCUCCAGGUGUUGACUCCACAGUAACCACUACAGCAGAUACUUUCUGUAUGGAUACUACUCAACCAGAGCUUAUAAAUGCUCCACAGCUCAUUUUGUAUCAGUAUCCCACUGCUGACUCAAGCCCCUUUGAAGCAUCAAGUCUGCAGAAACAGCUUAGCCAGGGUUGCCACUCCUUCAGGCUUCCAAAAAAUGAGUUGUUCCAGCCAGUGUUCACUGUAAAGACAGUGGAAUCGAUUGUGAAGUUCCACAGUGAAGCCCUGGACUUCUGGCGGGAGUUCCGUACAGUCAUAGAUGAUGCAGAGGGAAAAGAAGGAGCUGAACAAGAAAAGAAGCAAAAUGAUGUUGGAAUGGAAAAAGCAGGUUUGAAAGGUGAAGAGAAGGAGGAGGAAAAAGAUGGAUACAUCUACCUGAGUGUGGAAGGAGCCUUUGACUUUGAUGAGAGUCACAUUAAUGUGAGCAGCAUCCUCUCCAGAACCCAUUUAUCAACAAUAAUGGGCUCAUGA